UGUUUCAGGUGACACUACUAAAACCCUUUCAUAUCUACCUCGUAUACUUACACACUCUUUCAGAUUUAUAUGGUACACAUUUUAGUAAAGUGCUUUUGGAAGGCUUAAUAGUAUGUAUUGAGUUUCAGUGAUGAUUACUUGAUUGUUUAAUUGUAACGGUUAUUUAAGAAGACGGGCGUUUGAAUUCGACGGUGUUGACCUUUACGUGUAGGACUGGUUGUUGGUUACCUUUAAUCUAACACUCGAUGCACGCGGCUAGAGGAGGCUGGCUAGGGCAAACAUAUGCUCUAGCGAAAUUCGAUGAUUCUUUUGAAGGGAAGAAAUCAGGGAUACGGCGGUCAAAGGAGGAAAGGAAGGGAAUGGUCGAGAAUUUUAUUAAAAGAUACCAGAAAUUAAACAAUGGAGAUUUUCCAUCACUCAAUCUCACACGCAAGGAAGUAGGUGGGUCAUUUUACACAGUGCGUGAAAUAGUCCGCGAGAUAAUUCAAGAGAAUCGAGUGCUGGGCCCACCUAAGUCACCUCCGGGUGAUCAAAACUUGGAAAACCUUGAUAGCUUCUUAGAGGACCAUCCAUUGGGCUCAAUAGCCGUUGAUCAUGUACAUUUGGUACCUCCAGUUGACCCCCAGAGGCUACAUGAGUAUGAGUUAAUAAGUGAAAAAGCUCUGAAUACAAGGAGCAGCAGUGAAAUUCAUCAAGGGCAAGGCCAUGACAACGUUGUUGACGGAAUUAUGAAUACCACGGAGAAGGGUGGAGAAGCUAAACAUUCAGGAAAUUCAGAGUUGCUAGUGGGAAAAGAUGUGGAAAAACAUACAGAUGAUGAAGAAAAUAGUUAUGUUGAAACUAGCCAAUUAUCACGAGGUGAUAUGGCGGAGACAACUUAUGAGACUGUAAAUAAUGAAGCACUCGAAAAGCCAGAGAAAACAGAGUUAGUAACGGAAGGAGAUAUGGGAAGACAACAGGAUAAGAAAACUGAAGUAGUAGCUAAUCAAACUCAAGUACAUCAAUUAUUGGAGGAUAUAGAGGUAGGGAAUCUUGUUGGUAACACAGUUCAUAACAUGGAUGAAAAAUCAAGUGAGAGAGAAUCAGUGGAUGCUGAAAGUGAUACUUUGCUUGCUGUUAAUGGCAACACAAGAGCUAUACUUGAAGACACUUUGCUUGCUGAAAAAGUAACGGUAAAUGGUGACAAUGUUCAGAAUCUGUACAGCAAAACUGCUUGCAAUCCUGUACAACAGCCAACGAUUGAUGAAAGAAGUGCAAAGGUGAACAAAUCUACUGACCAAAAUGAAGACAGUUCCCAAAAGAGAAAAAGCAACACGACGCUGAACAGGAUUAAUCUCAGCGAGUCAUGGAAAGCAGCAUCAAAGAAAUCCUAUGGCCGAGAAUCUCACCCACUCGUGAAAUUUGUCAAGUCUUUCAUUACAGCAUUCGUGAAGUUUUGGACCGAGUAGUGCAUUCUUUGCUUUUAGCUGAAGUUUUUGUUUGAGUUAGAGCGAGAUGAGAGCCUAAUGCCUAUAUGUAGUGGUGUGUUUUUGUCCAAACUUCGGCAUAUUGUCGCCCGAUUGGCUGUAGCAAAAGUUGUAUUUAACAUGAGAUUGAAUGGUUCGGAUUUUGCAUGUAUUAUUAUGUCUACUUAGUUUUAUUACAAGCAUUUGAUGUUUA